GGUUCAGCACCCGGUAGGUGGGAGCCACGGCGACCCCGCCGCCGCCGCCGAAAGCCCGCAGCAAUGAGAACCUUGACAAAAUCGAUAUGUCCCUGGAUGAUAUUAUCAAACUGAAUAGAAAGGAAGGAAAGAAGCAAAAUUUUCCAAGACUAAAUAGAAGACUUCAGCAAAGUGGUACCCGGCAAUUCAGGAUGAGAGUACGGUGGGGAAUCCAGCAGAAUUCUGGUUUUGGUAAAACUAGUGUGAGCCGUAGAGGAAGAAUAUUGCCUGGAAAGAGACGUCUUUAUGGAGUUAUCACUGGCCUUGCAGCUAGGAAAGCAACUGGAAUUCGAAAAGGAAUUAGUCCUAUGAUUCGUCCACCUCUAAGUGACAAGAAUAUAGAGCGAUAUUUUCCAGCGUUAAAAAGGAAGACAAGCCUUCUGAGGCAAAAUGAAAUACAAAGGAAACCAGUUGCAGUCCUCAAGAGACCUAACCAGUUAAACAGAAAAAAUAACAUUCCAGCUAACUUUACCAGGAGUGGAAAUAAACUAAGUCAUCAGAAAGAUACUCGUCAGGCAACUUUUCUUUUCAGAAGAGGCCUGAAGGUUCAGGCCCAGUUGAACACAGAACAACUGCUAGAUGAUAUGGUAGCAAAGAGAACUCGUCAAUGGUGUACUUCCACCACAAAUGGAGGAAUUUUGACUGUAUCCAUUGACAACCCUGGAGCAGUACAGUGUCCUGUACCUCAGAAACCACGAUUAGCUCGUACUGCUGUGCCCUCAUUCUUGACAAAAAGAGAGCAGUCUGAUGUUAAGAAAGUUCCUAAAGAUGUUCCUCUACAGUUUGACAUAAAUAGUGUGGGAAAACAUACAGCGAUGACUUUGAAUGAACGAUUUGGGAUACUGAAAGAACAAAGAGCCACUCUCACAUUCAACAAGGGAGGAAGCCGCUUUGUAACUGUGGGCUAGAUCUAUGGCCAAGGAACUCUUAAGUGAUGACUGUUUGAAAAGUCGAAUUGCUUGAAGAGUUCGUCAGAGAAGUUCAAGAAACUUUACUUCAGAAUAUUCACAAGCCUAAAUAACUUUAUUUUUGAAGGUUUUUUUUUUAAUGUAUAAAUAAUGCCCUGAAAGAAUAACAGGGAAUAUACCUAUCUGUUCUUAAAGAUUUCAUGGUUGGCCCAAACAAA